AUGGCCUCAGACACCUUCGCUCGUUACCAAUGGCCAUCCCUUCGCAACCCGAAGGCAAUUCGUCUGUUGAAGAUCCUUGACCAGGAGCUUGGUGGCGUGCCUUGCUGCUCCCUAACAGAAAUCGAGCUGGAUCUCCAGGCAAAUUACAUAGCACUAUCCUAUUCUUGCGGAAGUCCAGGCAAGGAGGCGACGGAGCGGGGUGUCAUUGCAGAAGCAUGCAAACAGAUAUUCUGCGAAAAUGGCAUCAUCCCUGUCACCCAAAACCUUUCUGAUUUCCUCAGAGACGUACGACGAUUUCAUCGCCACCUUCUUGGAGAAUUUAUCUGGAUAGACGCUGUCUGCAUCGAUCAAGAUAACCUGAAUGAGCGCGCAGCACAAGUUCAAAUGAUGGGAGACAUAUACAUGCACGCAAAAUCUGUAGUUAUAUGGCUUGGCAGGGCAGAACAGACCACCCAGUUAGCAUUGGAGUUCAUGGCCGUUAUCGAACAGAAAGACUUCCCAUUAGUGGACGCGCGAAUAGACAGUCCUCCGCCAUUGGGCGAGAUUUUAGGACCACUCGCGGAUUCAGAUGAUCACUGGAAUGCAUUGAAGCUGAUGUUGCAGCGCACAUGGUUCUCGAGGACGUGGGUUCUGCUAGAGUUUUGUCUUGCUGUCCAAUUUUCGCUACUCUGUGGUAAAUUUGAAGUCAGUAUCGACAAACUUACCAAAGCUGCAUCUCUCGGCCUGCGCUUUCCAGCCUCCCGAGCACGCGAGAUUAUAGAUCUUCCUGGUAGUAGGAUGAUGGACAUACUUAAUUUGAAGAAGGGCGUGGAGGAGAGGUCGCCUGGAAAUCUCCUCAACAUAUUACUAUAUUCAUCUAGCUCCACUGCGACGGACCCAAAAGACAUGGUUUAUGGCAUUCUCGGAAUGAUCAAGAGAAGCAUCUCGGAUGCAAGUCCUCUUCAGAGCUUGGACGUGAGCUAUCGCCUUUCAACUGCCGAAUUAUAUACCCAAUUCACAAGACUCCUCGUGUCGGAAGAUCCACGAUUACUGUUGUGCCAGAAUCACGAUCCUCAGGUACGAGGGUAUGCAAAGUUCCAACUGGAGCUCCCCUCUUGGGUUCCGAACUAUUCCAAUGGGCUAAAUCUCGCUCAUGGAGACUUUGCAUUCAAACUUUCAAAUGAUGCAGCCAAAGGGCUUUCUCCCUCGCCUGUGGUCAUGCGACGACCUGAUGGGCUCGUACUCAAUGCACAAAAGAUUGACGUUAUUGAAGAUACGGUUGUUAUUUACAAUGGCAUGUACGAGGGCAACUGGAUUGCUAGAACGCUCCCAGAUAUACUCAGGUUUCUUUGCGCCUUUAAACCAGUGUAUUUCGAUGGUCAACCACGAAGCCAGGCAUUAUGGCUUACUCUCGCGUCUGGCAUAAUCAAGGCGGACUUGAGAACGACAGCGGCUCUGGAAAGAUGCCGCCCCCUAUUUGGACUUUGGGUGGGCGAGUGUCUUCUUACUCUGGCAGGAAAUGACCUUGGCACAUACUUCCGUAUUCUGAUGGAUCUUCGGGGGCCGAUCGAAACGUUAGCCCACAGCGAGAUGGAUUGCUUUCCAGGCCUCACUAUACUUGUGAACUUUCCCAAUGUGCGUACACCACAGAGGGAUGUGACUCUUGCACGUCAAAAAUUCCGCAAUAUGAUGACAGAACUGUCAAAUAUCAGUCGCCCAGUACUCUUUCGUACUCGGGAAGGUCUUCUAGGCAAAGGCACUAAGAAAGUACGAAAAGGCGAUGAGGUGUGGCUUAUCGCUGGAAUGCCAACCCCAGUUGUGUUGCGAAAGACAGACAAUGAGAAUCAUUUCAAUAAAAUUGACAUUGCUUAUGUUCACGGAAUCAUGCAAGGAGAAUUUAUUGACCAGAAAGGAUUGUAUACAGAAGAGAUUGAACUCAUUUAA